AUGACCGCCAAAGACCAGAACGCGGGGUUGCCUCCCGCAUCAGACCCGAAGGAUUAUGAUUCGGAAGAUAUCGAGGACAUUCAAGACCCUGCGAAGGAUAUAAUGUCUUUAACGCGUGUCGUUAAAGCAAGAAAAGCCGAGUUUACCCGCCGGCGCACGAUUCGAGUGAAGGUCGGGACAUGGAAUGUCGCAGCCAUUAAUGGCACAGAGAAAGAUAUUGGGAAGUGGUUCGUUCAAGGUCAAGGGGUGUGUGAGAAGCUCUCUGGGGUUAAGGGGGAGCAAACUGAACACGCGGGAAGCAAAAGCUCAUCUGCUUCCAGUGAGGCGGAGGAACAUGAAAGAGAGAAGAAGAAGCCAUUCCACACCAGCCCAGAGGAGGUGGAUCUAUAUGUACUGGGGUUGCAAGAGGUUGUGGAUGUUUCAUCUCCCGCCGAGGCUCUUCGACCCUUUACAGACUCUGGACCAGCAAAUCGAUGGAAAGAGGCUGUUCACCAAGCACUACCUCCCGGAUACAAGCUCGUCUCUGAAGUCCAGCUGAUUGGCCUUCUGCUGCUUAUUUAUGCUUCGCCUUCAAUUGGAGAGAGCGUAUCUUCAGUCAGUAGUACCUAUGUUGGAACCGGGCUCAUGGGAUAUAUGGGUAAUAAGGGUGCUGUUGCGACUCGUCUCGUGCUUGGCGAAACAACUCGUCUGGUUUUCGUUAAUAGUCAUCUUGCAGCUGGCUCUGAUAAGGGUAGCCUGGAACGACGCAAUUGGGAUGCUUCUCAAAUUGCAUCGCGUGCAAAGUUUGAACCGGUUGAAGGUGAAAAGGGAGCGGGAGACGAUGCUUUCGAUAGUAUCGGUGACGAGGACUUUACAUUCUGGUUCGGCGACCUUAACUAUCGCCUUGAUGAUAUGCCCGGAAAUGACGUGCGACAAGUAUUACAGCGUCAUACAGUCAAUGCAUACGAUGCUGAGUUCCAAGAAACAAAAAAGUCGGGCAAUCGUCGAGGCUCUACAGUCGAUCCUGAUGAGCAGCCAUCGCUAUCAUCGCUACCAGAGAAUGAAUUACCGGAACCUGUGACUGACGAGGAGAUUGAUCCUCAUAAUGAUCCUGCAUCGCUGCAAACAACAAUCUCCUCUUUGUUUGUGCAUGACCAGUUGCGAGUUCAACAAAAACUAGGCACUGCGUUUCAUAAAGGAUGGAGAGAAGGUCAAAUCACCUUCUUGCCUACCUACAAAUACGACAUUGGCAGUGUCGCUAUGUUUGAUACAAGUGAAAAAAGUCGUGGUCCUAGCUGGUGUGAUCGAAUCCUCUAUCGUACUCGCCGAGAUAAAGUUAAACAUGAAAAACUUGAGAAGGAAAGUGAGGCAGCUCGAAAAAGAGAUCAAGAGAUGGAGGCUCAAGGUCUUGACAAGGCCGUCGCGGAUGAUAACGUGCUUUUCGACUACGAUCCUGAGGUUGAUGGAGCGGACGCAAAUGGCAGUGUGGAGGAGUACAUUUCGGAUGAGGAACGCGCUGACGUGUCUUCGGUGGCGUCUGAAGAUUCACCAGAUGAUCCUAUUCGUCUGAACCAUUAUGUCUCACAUCAAGGAAUCUUAUCUUCAGACCAUAAGCCCUUAGAAGCGGUCUUCACAAUAACAUAUGAUGCAGUCAACCCUGAUCUUAAGGCCAAGGUUCACCAGGAGGUGGUUCGCGAAUUAGACAAGGCAGAAAAUGAAGGUCGGCCUGGACUGACUGUUGUGGUGGAUGUUCCUCAUCACGAACAAGGGAAAGAACGAGAUCCUGACGCUGUCGACUUCGGUGAUGUGCCCUACAAUGUGACUGUUCAUCGAAGCAUAACGAUUGCAAACACGAGUGGUGCGAAAGCUACCUUCCACUUCGCAGAGAGGCCAAGUCUGAGUGAUGAGCAUAAGACUGAAACGCCUUCGUGGCUCGGCGUUCAGAUUGAACGUCCAUCAGAAGAUCAUGCUAAGCAACCGGCUAUUGCGGCUACUGGGAAGCCUUAUACUCUACUCCCAGGCGAAGUGGCCAAUGUCGAUAUCACUGCUCACGUUCACAACAUCGAGCAUGUCCGACUUUUAAACCUGAAGAAAGUCAAACUGGAGGAAAUAUUGGUUCUUCAUGUUGACAAUGGUCGCGAUCACUUUAUCUCUGUUUCUGGCCACUGGCUUCCGACCUGCUUCGGGUGCAGUAUAGAUGAGCUGACCCGCAUGCCUGAAGAAGGUGCUCGCAGCCUCGACGCAGAGGGCAAAUCUCACCCAUCAGAGUCAGAAACAGAAGUGCGACUAUCUGCACCUCGUGAACUGUUCCGAUUGACAGAGGCGAUAUCUGAAUUGGCCGAGCGUGCCGUAGCCGAGUGGAGCAUGACCAAGGGCGACUCCGGAGAAGAGGCACCUUGGAGUGCCAAUCCAUCAGGAACCAGUUGGCCUUUCCAACCCGAAACCUGGAGUCUGCGUGACCCCUACGAACGCUCAGUUCUUUCCGCCUCCGUCUGUGAAGCGCUCGACACUAAUCAAUCCUUAACAACCAUCUUCGCACCGGAAGUUCCAUCCCUUCACCGUCUAGAGAUUCUAUCCGGCACACUCCUGACAUUCCUCAACUCUUUAAGCGAUGGCAUUAUCACCGCGUCUGUUUGGCAAAAAAUGGAGCAGCAAAUCAUUGCCCGCGAAAAAUCAAAGGCUCCCCCAAGAUCGUGGGAAGAAACUCAAGCUUGGGUCUUAGAAAGUCUCGCCUAUUCCCCCGCCCACAGCGUUUCAUUUACUUUCGUUACUUUCAUGCUCGCUCGCAUCGCCAACGAAGUCGCCCCAGUGCCUUCUGUAGCUCAGCAACCCACACCGCCGCCAACUUCAAGUUCCAAAAAUCCACCUGAUCUGACAAAGUCCAAGGAUAAAAAACAAGCUAGUAAAGACCCCGAAGAUUCGAACCAAGCCGAUAAGAACAAGGAGAAUGAGAAGGAGAAGGAGAAUGGGAAUGAGAAGGAGAAUGAGAAAGAAAACGAGAAUUCAAAAUACAAUCUCCCUAAGCCUCCCACCCCAGCCUCGGCCGCGGCUUUCAUCUCAGCAGGAAGCUUUAGACGCAAAAACCGUUCUUCCAGCUCCUCCGAGUCACCGGCUCAACCAUCAUCUUCAUCACCUCAAAAGUCCGCUGCAACCAGGCGUCAAGCGGUGGAAAGUGCAUUGGCGUCCAUUUUCUCAAGGGUUCUCAUUUCGCCUGAUGUACCAACGCCAGCGAAGGAGAAGGAGCGCAAAGCUUCGGAUGAGCGCAAGAGAGGGAUCAUCGAGCCCUUUCUCAAAAUGAUCGGGGUCGAUGAGAGAGGACCUUCUGGGAGUGGGAAUUAA